CCGGAUUGAACCGGAUCAAAUCCAAUCCGUUCGUUAAUAAGACGGACGGAGAGAGAAGGUGAAACAAAAGCCUUAUCCAGAAACCAAACUUCAAAUGACUGUCUGAAGGCGAAAUUCUUCAAUUCGAAGAAGAUGUCUCUUCUCUGUUUCAAUCCUCUCGCUCCUCUCUCUUCUCAAAGGCUUCAGCUUUCGUCUUCCGCUUCACCAGUUUUCAUCCUUAAACCCAAUAGAGUCUCACUCAAUGGGUACAAUUUGAGCAUUAGCAAUGGAAGAGCAGUGAUUGUGAAGGCAGCUGCUUCUGGCGUGGACGGAGCUGAGGCUGAGAGCAAUGAGGAACCACCUAAGACUGUUGUUGCUGCUGUUCCUGUGGAUAAACUACCGUUGGAAUCAAAAGAAGCUAAAGAGAAGAUGUUGCUGGAACAGAGGAUGAAGAUGAAGCUGGCCAAGAAGAUUAGGCUAAGGAGGAAACGUCUGGUUCGUAAGCGGAAGUUGAGGAAGAAAGGUCGAUGGCCACCUUCCAAGAUGAAGAAGCUCAAGAAUGUCUAGACAUGAUGAUGAUAUGACUCUUUGUCUUUGCUGUCUUUUUUUUUUUUUAAGUCAACUUUUCUUGAAAUGUUGUUUGUAAACUUUCUGGAACCAUUUUUAAUGCCUUUUGAAAUGCAGCCAUUGCUUUUGGAUUGA